GAAGGAGCAGGGCCAGGCUUGCUGUGGCUUGCUGCACUUGGCUGCUCACCCUGUGUGGCUCCGUCAGGCUCCUUAAAGCCUCCUCAAAACCUGUGCUUCAGGGGCUUUUCUGGGAACUGCCCACAGUUCAGCUCUUUCUCAGCGUAAGUACUCCACAUUCAAAAUGAGUGGCGUAACUGCUUUUUUUCUUUCUUUUUACCUGGUUUGUAUUUUAAAAAUUGUGGUUCACACUACUAAUCACACUGGGAGCACUGAUACAACAGCCCCUUGUGCAUCCUUGGCUUUUCUUUCCCCUUUGUUAGAGGGGAAGGCCUGCUCCAGAAAUGGGGUGCAUAUGCCUCAUCCUGCUUUGGCAAGACAAAAAUAGCACCAGUCUCAUGAGUAAGUGUCAUUUUUCUGGAAUAAGGAGUAGAAACUCAUCAUUUUGUAACAUCCUUUUGCCUUAACAAAUAAUAUUUUUGCUUAAGGCACUCUUGCAGCCUCUGGUGUUGUAGACAGCAGCUCAUGUACCUGUUGCUGACGCUGUUGAAAUUGUGUGUAAACACGAAUUAUUCUGUUGAUUUUAGUCAAUGCCUUUGAUGACAUCUUGGCAAUAGCACAUGAAGCAGGAUGCUUUGCAUGUGGAAUGGAAAAUGGAUUCCGAGUUUAUAAUGCAGAUCCACUCAAAGAAAAAGAGAAACAAGAGUUUCUAGAAGGUGGUGUCGGCCAUGUUGAAAUGUUGUUUCGUUGCAACUAUUUAGCACUUGUAGGUGGAGGAAAAAAACCGAAGUACCCACCCAACAAAGUCAUGAUCUGGGAUGACCUGAAGAAGAAGACUGUCAUUGAGAUAGAGUUUUCCACAGAAGUCAAAGCAGUGAAGCUUCGAAGAGACAGAAUUGUGGUUGUCUUGGACUCCAUGAUUAAAGUUUUCACAUUCACACACAAUCCCCACCAGCUGCACGUCUUUGAAACCUGCUACAACCCUAAAGGUCUCUGUGUCCUUUGUCCAAAUAGUAAUAAUUCUCUUCUUGCAUUUCCUGGAACACACACUGGGCACGUGCAGAUUGUGGACCUGGCUAACACGGAGAAGCCUCCUGUGGACAUCCCAGCUCACGAAGGAGUCUUGAGCUGUAUUGCUUUAAACCUGCAGGGAACAAGAAUUGCAACAGCAUCAGAAAAAGGGACCCUCAUAAGAAUAUUUGAUACUUCAUCAGGGCAUUUAAUCCAGGAGCUGCGUCGAGGAUCGCAAGCAGCCAAUAUAUACUGUAUUAACUUCAACCAGGAUGCUUCCCUCAUCUGCGUCUCCAGUGACCACGGCACAGUCCACAUUUUUGCUGCAGAAGACCCAAAAAGAAAUAAGCAGUCAAGUUUGGCCUCUGCCACCUUUCUCCCCAAAUACUUCAGUUCCAAAUGGAGUUUUUCCAAAUUCCAGGUUCCCUCAGGCUCUCCGUGCAUUUGUGCCUUUGGAACAGAGCCAAAUGCUGUCAUAGCAAUAUGUGCAGAUGGCAGCUACUACAAGUUCUUAUUCAACCAAAAAGGGGAAUGCUCAAGGGAUGUGUACGCUCAGUUCCUAGAAAUGACGGACGACAAGCUUUGACUGAGGGGAGGGGAGUGCACAGCUCAAAGCACCGCCUCAACCACCCCACGCCUUUGAGGGACAGGAUCUGAGUGUCCAGUACUGAUCCAGAAGUUCAGGAGAGCUCAUGGAGAAGCCUGGCUCAACAUGAUCACAAGCAGCUCUGAAGUAGUGGACUACAUAUGUUUGUUCUCAUUUCUGCAAGUAUUCAUCAUUACAAUCUCUUUGGGUUACUGUCACCAACUCAAGUUUUUAAGAUGUGGCUUUCAACAAGCUUGUGCCUAUUGGGUUUCUCUUUAGUCUAAACUGUGACAUGACUGUAGCUCCAACAAGAGUGCCUGCCACAGGUAGAGCGCUGCAGGGGCUGUCCACACCUUUGGCUGGCCUUAGGAAAAGGGAUGUGAAACCAGAAGAUUUUAGGCAUUGCUUUACUUCCACUGCAUGGCUGAGAGCAGGGGAACACUUGAGAUCAUGCUUUCUCCAGCAGGAGUCCUGCCUCCCCCUCCCCCUGGCACGGCUCAGGGAACAGAGAAGGUGACAAGUACAGAACAAGGGACAGCUGUAGAUCAAGUCCUGCUUGUCCUCUGAACUGGUGCCCAGGGCUGGGUGGUGGUGGUGGUGUGGCCCUGCCAGUGCUGCUUCAUGUGAGGGAUCAGCAUCACUUGUCCAAGGUGCCAAACUCUGUGGAGCAGCUGGAGGCACCUCUGGGCAAGUGCUGACCCAACUGCUCUCUCCUGUGCGAGCACAACAAGCCACCCAGGGCUCCUGUUGUUGUAGAGCUGAUUCCUUCUGUAAUCCAACAGCCGGUACUGGUGUGACAGCUGUGAAACUGCUGCCAAACUACUGCCAAACUGCUGCAGCUGGGAGGCUGGAGAGGCCAUGUCCAUGUCCAGCACAAGAACUGAACAAGGUGGCAGGAAGUUCCAUGUCUGCAAUGGCUUUAAACUUGCAAACUUGUCUUUUUUUUUUUUUUUUUUUUUCCCUUUGAGCUGUCGCAUACUAUUGCUGCUGGCCCAGGGACAGGUAGGUUAGACUGAACCCACUGACUUGUACACACUUCCCCAAAAAUUGUUAUCCUAUUACUGCUGACCUAAGGCACAAGCUCCUAACCCAGAACCUGAGAUAGCCCCAAGUCCCAAGUUCAGCAUCUGUGGCACUAAACACUGGGGCAGGGAGGUCUUGCUCUACUGAAAGCUAAUUUCACAGAUGCUUCAGCCCUGACCCUCUGUGACUUCAGCUGCAAACUCUCUAAUGUUGACAGGUCCCUUUUAGUGUCAUGUAACCUACUAAGGACUAACUUAUCAUGUUGAUGUCAAGGUUGCAUGUUGCUUUUAUGCGUAUUUAACCACAGGAAUUGUUUUGCACACUUAUUUGUAAUAUGUUAUUUCUUUUAAAUAAAAGUGACUAACUUUGCUGUAUUCA